CGAAAUAUUAUUAUUAAUUGUGAUUUCAUAUCGUAUAAAUUGAUAGCAGAGUCCGUGUUUACAAGAUUUUCAUUUCAAAUACUUCGACAUACAAUACAAUUAAAGCAUCUGUUAUAUAUACAUAAAUACAUACUGUGAUUUUUCCCUAUCUUAGAACAUUUAUCGAACUUCCAACUUGUUUAUCUUUUCUCCAGCAGAAGAUAGGAAAAGUAAAAGCAUGUAUAUGUAUUAUUAAGGAUUGGACAAUGGAUCCCAAAUAUAUUAUGAAGUAACACAAGUAAGCAGUUGGUAUGAAGAAAGCAACAUUUUAAAUAAUAUGUGAUUAAGAAAUAAUUAACAAUAGUUUCAUUUCAUUUUUUAUACGAAGAUGUUUAUGUUUUGGGGAAACUGGACCAUAGAUGAAGAACAGUCUGUGGAUAAUCAAAGCUUGCUUUCUUCUGAAAUUAUAAAAACCGCAAAUAUUAGAAAAAGAUCCGAUGUACCCACUUAUUACUUAUACAAAACACAUUGGCGCAAUGAUGCCGAAAUACAGCGACAUUAUUGGACAUCAUCUUUUUUAUUGUCAUUUGGUUCAAUUUUUGUACUUGUUGUAGUAGUUAUAUUAAUGGUACUAUUUAAAAGAUGUCCACAUAUUGUUGCUGCAAUUGUUGCUGGGAUUCUUGGAAUUAUUCUUAUAUUUGUGACACUAGUAUCACUUAAUCAUACACCAAUGUAUUCUUGACAUAUUUUUGUCGCUUCAUAUUAUCAAAUAAAUUUUUGUUUGGUAGAGAUAAAGACUGAUGUAAUGAGAUAUUUAGAAAUUUCACAUAAUAACAAUUGAAUCUGUUCUCUUUUUGAAAUGUAAUAAAAUAUUUGAAUCUAGAUAUUAUAUAAAAUUGACUGGAAAUGUCAAGUAAAUGUCAUGUAUACAAGAAAAAUUAAUUACUUACUGUUAACAUUUAUUAAACAUUUUGAUACGUAUCAUAUCUUCUGAAACACGGUUUAAUGUUUGUAUGUAAUUAUCCAGUGUUUUUUGUAAUGUUUGAUAACUCUAUAAUUUUUGAAAAAAUAAAUAUUAGUAGAAUCACACAUUAAUAAAUUUUUAAAGAAAAUGAAUAUACCUCAACAUAAAUUAGAUCUUCUUCGCUUGCAUGUCUGAGUUCAAAUAAUAGAACUUCCAAUGUAUUAAACGGUAACCAAACUGGUGGAGCAGUAGCUAAUAAUGAAGUUUCCAAUCCAAAAUAUUCUUUUCCACUACCCAAUACUGCGUUUAUAUAAUCUAUUGCAAGUUGACUUGCUUCCAAUACACGACCUGUAUUUAACAUCAGUCGAAGUAAUUCAGCAGAAUUUCUUUUCUAUAAUAAAGACAAAUUAUUGUUAAUAUUACUCUCUAAUAAUACAUUAUAUAUUUAAAAAAAUAUUAAUAUUAUUAAUUAUUAAUAAAUACUUUGUAUGACAUUAAUAACCACUCUGGUAAAAAUGCUCCAUCUUGAAGUAAUUUUCGAGAAAUUGAUUUAUGAAGAUCAGUACUUUUAUUCUUUUCAUGUUUUUCUAAAAGAUAUUUUAGCAAGCUCCAUGUAGUAUUUACAAUAUUAGAAUUAGUUACUCCCAUAUCUGCAAACAAUAUAAUUAUUAGAAAGAAAUGUAAUUCUAACGUUAUAUAUAUAUCAAGAAUUAUAUCAGCUUUAGCAUUUACCAAAUAUAUCAUUUUGUACAAGCCAGUCCCAAGCUUUUGGAUCUUCAUGUUGACUUAAUCUUAUGCACUGAGAUGUUAAACUUUCAAAUAUAGAAUUUUUAGGUAGGUUGAAAACAUCACACAAGUGUAAAGCGGUUGUAUAUAAACCAAUACUUGAUAAAAUAACAUUAAGUUCAGAUGGACCUACAAAUUUUAAUAAUUGUUUUGUAAAAAAUUAUAUGAGUUUAAUAAUAAAAAGAUAAAAUCAAAAAUUUUGAUCAAAAAAUAAAAUCAAGAAGUUUAUAGAAAUUAUUAAUUUUUUUUGUACAAAAAAUUAUAGAUUUCAUUUAAUAUGAAUAAAAAGUAAUCUUACUUGCAU